GAGGUUGAGAAAUACUGAUAUACCCAAUUGUGGCCUGAUAAACACAAGCGGGGAGAGGGAGAGUUUCUGCAAUAUAGAAAAUAAUGAUGCAGGGUAAAAUGAUUUAUACUUGAUUUGUUCUUUAUCCUGCAGUUUUCACCAAAAAUGGUUCCCAUGGGGAAUAAAAGGGCGUCCACCUUAAUUCGGGCUACAGCUGUAAAGCACAACUCCCAUCAUGCUAAACACUGCUAUAGAGAACAGACUCUCCAGAUGUUCCUGAACUACAACUCCCAGCAUUCCUCGUCAUCGGCUACAGUGGCUGGAAUUUCUGGAAUUUGUAAAUUAAUAUCUGAAGGACCGUAAGGUGUCUGGCGCGGUGCGUUUAGAAAAGAAAGCACAGGCUUCUCCGAGGGAACGUUACUGUUUGCCAUGACGAACGUGAAUCAAAUCUGUCAGGGAACUCGGUUUCCCAGCAACGCUGCGCUGGGUGAGUGGCAAGAGUUACAUCACGUGAUCCGGACUCGAUGGCGUCACACUUGCGCGCCAUCGCCAGGAAGUUAUAUCUCUAUGAUGACAAAGUUUCCGAUUAAAGAAAUCACUUCCGGCUUGGGCCUGGAGGGUGGGGGGAGCUGUUGGUUGCGAACAGGGAGUGUGCUGCGCGUGAGUUGUCGCGGUGGCGGUUGUCAUGGCAGCGGCGGCGGCCGGGCCCGGAGGAGGCGAAACGGCCUCCGCGGCAGAGGGAGGCGGCGGGGGAGGGGACCGGGGGAGCCCCCCCGGCUCGGACCCACGACGCCUGGGGCCGGGGGGGCGAGAGGAAGAGGAGGCGCCGAGGCAAGGCAGCGCGGGGGGCCCGGGCAGCCAGAGCCGCCCGUCUUCGUCGCCGCCCUCUCGCGAGGCUGAAGUCACCGUGGAGAUUGGAGAGACCUACCUGUGUCGGCGAGGGGACGGGACGUGGCAUUCUGCAGAGGUGAUUCAGUCUCGGCUCAACGAGCAAGAAGCCAGAGAGGAAUUUUAUGUUCACUAUGUAGGAUUCAACCGACGUCUGGAUGAGUGGGUGGAUAAGAACCGCCUGGCCCUCACCAAGACAGUCAAAGAUGCUGUGCAGAAGAACACUGAUCAAUACAUGAAUGAACUUUCUGAGCAGCCAGAGCGCAAGAUCACUCGCAAUCAGAAGCGCAAACAUGACGAAAUCAACCAUGUCCAAAAGACUUACGCUGAGAUGGAUCCUACUACAGCAGCUUUGGAGAAGGAACAUGAAGCAAUCACCAAAGUGAAAUAUGUGGACAAAAUCCAUAUUGGGAACUAUGAGAUUGAUGCAUGGUAUUUCUCACCAUUCCCAGAAGACUAUGGGAAGCAGCCCAAGCUGUGGAUCUGUGAAUACUGCCUCAAGUACAUGAAGUUUGAGAAGACUUACCGCUAUCACCUUGGGCAAUGUCAGUGGCGACAACCACCAGGGAAAGAAAUCUACCGCAAAAACAACAUCUCAGUAUAUGAGGUGGAUGGCAAAGAUCACAAGAUUUAUUGCCAGAAUUUGUGUCUUUUGGCCAAACUGUUCCUGGAUCAUAAGACCCUCUACUUUGAUGUGGAGCCCUUUGUCUUCUACAUCCUUACUGAGGUUGACAGGCAAGGAGCCCAUAUUGUUGGCUACUUUUCCAAGGAGAAGGAAUCCCCCGAUGGAAAUAAUGUGGCUUGCAUCCUUACCUUGCCCCCCUACCAGAGGCGGGGUUAUGGGAAAUUCCUCAUUGCAUUCAGCUAUGAGCUCUCCAAACUUGAAAGCACAGUGGGAUCCCCCGAGAAGCCCCUUUCGGACCUCGGCAAGCUGAGCUACCGUAGCUAUUGGUCUUGGGUGUUACUAGAGAUCCUUCGGGAUUUCCGAGGCACUCUUUCCAUCAAGGAUCUCAGCCAGAUGACCAGCAUCACGCAGAAUGACAUCAUCAGUACCUUGCAGUCAUUGAACAUGGUCAAGUAUUGGAAGGGGCAGCAUGUCAUCUGUGUCACUCCAAAGUUGGUUGAGGAGCAUCUCAAAAGUGCUCAGUAUAAGAAGCCUCCUAUCACAGUGGAUUCUCUCUGCCUGAGAUGGGCACCUCCCAAGCACAAGCAAGCCAAGAUUUCCAAGAAGUGAAGGAAAAACUGACAUGAAAAACUGAAGGGGCUUGGCCUCAGUAUACAUCCACUUUUUAUUUUAGAAGAUGUUCAGUAAUUUAGCAUUGAUGUCAGUUUUGUACUGAAUGGGUAUACAUGGAACAGGUGGGUCAGGGUUAUGAGAAGGACAGAUGUUAUCGAGUGUUGCAGGAACUCUGUCCAAGUGGGUUCAUUUGAAUGAAGACUACUUAUCCCUUUUUUUCUUCUGUUGCUUGACAUUGAGCUCCAUUUCUUUCCUUCUUGCCAAACCUGGUGUCUUACUCUAAGAUAGAACUGGUAUCCACACUCUUAUAAUAAGAGGAACAGAUAGAGUCCUAUUAUUUCUUAUUGACCUACAACGAUUGACAGUUCUAACCUACUCUAGCUAGAGACUUUAGGAUACUGCCACUCCCAGAAUCAAGCAGGUUAUUAAAUAUAGCAGAAUCUUGGUAGUACAAGAUCUGAGCAGUAAAUAAACACAUGGGUGGGAUAUUUGAGGAGCAUGUGGUCAGUGAAAGUUGGAGGCACUGAUUACCAUCAGCAGUAUUGAAAAAUAGAGAUUACAGACUAUCCUAGGAAGGAAGAUCAGCUUCCCCAAAAGAGGUGCUGGAGAACCUGUCAGCCUUGUUCAAAAUAUUGAAAAAUCUGUGUCUUCUGUAAUUCUUGAGAAAAAAGUCUCUCUGGGUAGAUCUGUUGUCACUCUCCGUGUCUUCAAAAGGAGGGAAGUUUGAAAGUUCCAUCAAAGGUCUUACUAGAUCUAGUUAUACUAGAUAAGUAGUUUGAAUCCUUUCACUGUCCCACACUAUUAACAAUGUGGGAAAAGAGAAACAGCAACAACGUUUUGAAGUAGUAUCUCUUGCCCCACAGUCAACUUUGCUGACAAAAAUAACAGAAGUGAUAGAGUUGAAUGCUUGGUAGCCAGUAGCAGGAGAGUCAAGAUUUGGGUGCUAUGACUCAGGAAAAAAAAAGUGGAAAUAGGCACAUAUAACAGUUAAAAGUCCUAUGUCACUUCUAGCUGUAAGGUGUUCCAUAGUGCAGUGGGGCUUAUAUGAUGUAACCAAAAGGAAAUUAACCAAUUUCUUUUGCAGAGCUUCAAAGUAAAUGGUUCUCUAUAGCAGGGUUCCUCAACCUUGGCAACUUUAAGACGGGUGGACUUCCCCUUGCUGGCUGGCGAAUUCUGGGAGUUGAAGUCCACCCGUCCAAGGAUGAGGAACCCUGCUUUAUAGAAACAAAGUAUUGAAAGAAGUCGGAAGAACCGUGCUUUUGCCUUAGGUGCACUUCUCAAUGACAGCCUUUACCCAGAUGAAUGGACGAACUCCAGAUAGGAGAAAACUAUUAUUACUUGGCAUUUCCCCUUCCAUUGUAUGAACUGCAUUUGGUGGUGAUCAAAUGAGAAGGGACUUUUCAAAAAGAUCAGAAGUGUCUUGAACCGAUCAAGUGGGCCGAAGAGAAAAACUUGCGACUAUUUAUGCAACCAGUUUCCACGAGGGUCCUUGCAUGCUUUUAAUGCUGGGGCCAGUGAUUUUGGAAGGGGCCCUGGAGCUUGUGGUAGAUGUAUUGGGUAGAAACAUCUAUUCAUAUAGUCGCCCUGCUGUAGUUUUUAUGUGUACACCAUAUAUAUAGUGUGUUCUGUUUAAGAAAUAUUUUAAUAAAAAACUUAUAAAACAA